UUAAAGCCAUUCAUCGAAGCUCCAUCUUCCACUUUCCGUGUUUGGACUUUUUUUGUUCUUUACCAAAUUGAUUUCUUCAGGUUCCUCAUAGUUUCUCUGAUUCCUAAUUCUCCUUCGGCGUAAGCGUUUUCUGGAACUCUCCCGCUUCCCAUAUUCAUAGUCGUUGCAGCUGAUUUGUGCUCCAAAUUUACCGAACCCCUCUUCGAUUCGAAGUUUUAACCCUAACACACCAUUUCAAUUCUGCCUUUUUGGGGAAGUAACAUCAAAAAUUUCAAAAAAAUCGGUUCUUCCCAAACUUUUAGUUGAUGGGCACAAUUAAACCGUUUAGAGAAACCUCUAAAGCCUCUUCGAAUCCUUCGCCGUCUCAUCCUCCGCCGGUGACCUCUUCUACCGCCCGGUUCGAGACCGUCAAUGAUUCACAUGGGUUCAAGAUCAAUGGCUACUCCCUCAACAAAGGUAUGGGAAUUGGGAAAUACAUUACAUCGGAUACGUUUAUGGUCGGCGGGUACGAGUGGGCGAUAUAUUUCUAUCCCGAUGGUAAGAGUGUGGAAGACAACGCGUCCUAUGUCUCGAUUUUCAUAGCGCUUGUCAGCGACGGCGCCGACGUUAGGGCACUUUUUGAAUUGACGCUCUUGGAUCAAAGUGGAAAGGGGAAUCAUAAGGUGCAUAGCCAUUUCGAAAGGAGGCUCGAGAGCGGUCCAUAUACCCUUAAGUAUCGUGGAAGCAUGUGGGGUUAUAAACGUUAUUUCAAAAGAACUCUUUUGGAGUCAUCAGAUUACCUUAAAGAUGAUUGCCUCUCAAUUCAAUGUGUUGUUGGUGUUGUUAAAUCACAAACAGAGGGGCCUAAAAUCUAUUCUAUAACAGUGUCACCCUCUGACAUCGGUCAGCAAUUUGGGAAGCUUUUGGAAAGUGGAAAGUGUACUGAUGUCAAUUUUGAAGUAGAUGGUGAAACAUUUGCAGCCCACAAGUUGGUCAUUGCAGCACGUUCACCUGUAUUCAGAGCACAACUUUUUGGCCCAUUGAAGGAUAAAGAUACUCGAUGCAUAAAGGUUGAGGACAUUGAGGCUCCUGUAUUUAAGGCAUUACUUCAUUUCAUGUACUGGGACAACUUACCGGACAUGCUAGAGCUUGUUGGUGCGAAUUCUAAGUGGGCAUCAACUCUGAUGGCUCAGCAUCUUCUUGCAGCUGCUGAUCGUUAUGCAUUAGAUAGGCUUAAGUUGCUUUGUGAGGCUAAACUCUGUGAAGAUAUUGCCAUAAAUACUGUGGCAACUACAUUAGCUUUAGCAGAGCAGCACCAUUGUUUCCAAUUGAAAGCUGCAUGCCUCAGAUUUAUAGCCAUGCCUGAAAAUUUAAAAGCCGUGAUGCAAUCGGAUGGGUUCGAUUAUCUGAAGGAAAGCUGCCCUGCUGUUCUUACAGAGCUACUGCAAUAUGUGGCAAGAGUGGCUGAACACAACGUUCUUGCUUCUGGAUUUGGGAAUGUGACCUUUUUAGAUGGCAGUGAUAUGAAUGGAAGGCGUGUGAAGCAAAGGUUAUAUUGACUGAUUUUGGAAGAAAAGCAAAGGAAGCCAUUGACCUGUUAGGAUUUAGACAUUUUUUUUCUCUGUAUUCAAUUGAUGCUAUGCAAAUUCUUAUAUGAAUGAUAAAAUAGUGUUCCUAUUUGGUUGUCUGCUAUCAAAUCAAAUGAUAAGUAACAUUGACAACGUCUCUGGUUUUAGUGUGUACAGUACAGUCUUUGAACAGCCGAAAGAAAAAGAAAAAGAAAUUCUGGAUUUUUUUUUUU